AUGAAUGAAACUCCAGUUUCAUUCGAUCUUCCUAGUUUAACAACUAUAGAAAUAACUGAAUCAAAAACUAUCAGUAUUCGAACUUGUAGACAUGAAAAAUCUAAUUUUACUAAUCGAUGUGCUUUUUUGUCUAGCAAUGCACAAUCUUUAUUAGUGCUUGAUUCCUUUAGAGGUCAUUUAGUAGAUCCUGUUAAAAAUCGACUUAAUGAAAAAAACACUAACAUGGCAGUUAUAUCUGGUGAACUCACUUCCAAGUUACAACUAUUGGAUGUAUCAAUUAACAAAUCAUUUAAAUCCAAG